CACCGAGGCAGUCCUUGCUUCGGUGGCCACCGCCGGCGGGUUUCGCAGCCCCGCUGGCCGCCGUCGUCCUUCUCGCUUGAUUCGAACCCCAGACAGGUGGAUGUCCGGAGCGCAUGGUGACCCCAAAACUUUACGGAUGACAGUAGUCCUUUUCAACCAAAAAUCUUUCAUGUUGACCGAUUCUUCCUAAGAAAUAGUGAAUGGGAGGUAAUUUCAGAAUGGCAGAACUUUUUAUGGAAUGUGAAGAAGAAGAACUGGAGCCAUGGCAAAAGAAAGUAGAAGAAAUGCAGGAUGAAGAUGAUGAUGAGCUGAUUUUUGUUGGAGAGAUAUCAAGUUCAAAGCCAGCUAUUUCAAAUAUUUUGAACAGAGGUAACCCCAGCUCAUCUUCAAAGGGAAUAAAGAAUGAGACACUCAGUCAAGGUGGUACUGAUCUGAUGAGGUCUGCAAGUCAACAGAACAAAAGCCCCGCAUCAAGUCCAGUGACUGCACUGUCUAUAUUUAAUCUUGAUUCUGAAUCUAAAUCUUCACAAAGCUCUAUAACUGUUUCCAAUGUGUCUAAACCUGAUUUUACAAAUGAUUCAUUAGAAAUUGAUUCGGAUGAUUCUCCAGAAUUAUUUGACUUGACCCAGGAUUUAGAACCACUGUCCCAAGAGAAAAUAACAGUUGAUGCAGAAGCUGUGGAUAAAAGUGUGUCCUUAAAACGUACUUCUUUGAGAGCAAACAGUAUUAAUCCUAAAAAGCCAAAGAUAAGUGGAGAUGUUACCCAAAUAAAAACUUCGGCUUCAUUGUCUUUACGACGCUCUCCUUCAGAGACGUCCUCUUACGGCGCAGAUAACUCAUCAGCUCAACAUGAAACUGGAAUACCUGUUAGAUGUUGUCCAAAGUGCAGUGCUCACUUCAAUCUUUUUGAUACUUUGAAAAUUCAUAUGAAGCAUUGUUGUCCAGAUAUGAUACAUAAAAUUUUGGAGAGCACUAAAAUUGACCUUACAGAUACUGAAAAUACAAAUAGGACUAAUGCAGAAAAAGGAAAAUUGAUCAUGCUAGUUAGCGACUUUUAUUAUGGCAAACACGAAGGAGCUGUUGAUGAUGAACAGAAGACUUACACAACCUUUAAAUGCUUCAGUUGCGCGAAAGUUCUUAAAAACAAUAUUCGAUUUAUGAAUCACAUGAAGCACCAUUUGGAACUGGAGAAGCAGAACAGUGAGAGCUGGGAAAAUCAUACUACCUGCCAGCAUUGCUACCGCCAAUAUCCGACUCCUUUCCAGCUGCAAUGUCACAUUGAGAGUACACAUACACCCCAUGAGUUUUCUACUAUUUGCAAAAUAUGUGAAUUAUCAUUUGAAACGGAACAUAAUCUUUUACAACAUAUGAAGGACACUCAUAAACCUGGUGAAAUGCCAUACAUUUGCCAGGUUUGCCAGUAUAGAUCAUCAACAUUUUCUGAUGUAGAAGCUCAUUUCAGAGCAUCCCAUGAAAACACUAAGAACUUGCUAUGUCCUUUUUGCCUCAAAGUUAGUAGAAUGGCAGCUCCCUAUAUGAAUCAUUACAUGAAGCAUCAGAAAAAAGGAAUCCAUCGUUGUACAAAAUGCAGACUACAAUUUUUGACCUGUAAGGAGAAACUGGAUCAUAAGAGCCAGCACCGGACAUUUAUAAAGCCCAAAGAGCUUGAAGGACUGCCUCCUGGUACAAAAGUUACCAUUCGAGCUUCAAUUGGAUCUGUUCAUUCAAGACCAGCUAUAUCACCUCCCAGUAGUCCUCCAAGUACUUCUUCUUUUCAGCUCUCAUCUCCAAAAUCUAAAAGUCCAACUGCCAAAAGCUCCACAAAAUCUAAUGCUGGCAAAGCUAAGGCUAUCAAAGCAAAGGUGAACAAAGUUAAUGCCAGCAAAGCCAAAGCUAAGGCUACCAAAGCUAAGGCCGGCAAAGCUAAGGCGAUCAAGGCUAAAGCUAUCAAGGCUAAGAUUUGCAAGGUUAAGGCUGUCAAAGCUGCUAAGGCAGGUAGAGCUAAGGAAGUCAAACCUAAAACCAGCCAAUCUAAGGCAAGCAAAUCUAAACUAAAGAACUCUCAUGCGACUACAUCUGCUGCAAGUAAACCUAAACCAAGUAAACAAGUGAGAAAUAAAAUAAAACGUAAAGCAAAAAUUUCUCAGCAGCUAAAGCAACAGAACAAAAAGACAACUCUUACUCUAGCUUUGAAGAAUUUGAGGUGUCAUCGGGGACUUCACAAGUGCAUUGAAUGUCAUUCCAAAAUAAAAGAUUUUGCAGGCCACUUUUCAAUAUAUAUUCAGUGUAAUUUUUGCAAAUAUAACACUAACUGUAACAAAGCCUUUGUAAAUCAUAUGGUGAGCUCUCAUAGCAACCCUCCGAGUAAACGGUUUUAUAUUUUUAAGAAGCAUUCUGGAGCUCUCAGGUAAUUGUUCAUCUUUUUUCAUUCUCUA